AUGUCUCAACCUGGAGAAGAACCCGUGGCCGGUCCCACUGAAGCCGGUCCCUCGAAUGAACCCACACGACCUGUGACCCGUGGAUCACGACCCCAGCUAGUCUUCUACGACAAGAAGGACGAGAACAAGUCGAACCUCGUCGGCUCGGAGGUCAUUGAGAGUCUGUUAAAGAUGUUCAGCCUUCUCAUCAGCAGCUCGGAUUCGCUCUCCGGCUUCCUCAUCUUGCUCCUCGAGGUCCUUGCGGGCUCGUUCCAGGUAUUCCAGAGCUAG